AUGUCUGCCACAGACGCACACAGCGCCGGCGCGUCCAAGAAGGCAGGGGGAGACUCCCGGAACGCCGCCCCCGCGUGCCGACCGCCGCCCCCGACCGCAGCGCCUUCUGCUGGGGACGCGGGCAUCGCGGAGGCGGACAAGCAGCAGGAGGGAGGAGGGUCGGAAGCACCCUCCGCCGCCCCCGCCGCCGUGCCUCCUGGCGAUCCCUCAAAGGAGAGCGACCGUGACUCCAGUCGGGCUGCACAGAGGCCGGGAGCCACCCCCGUCGUAUACGUUCGCGUGCCAGUAGGAGAACAAUACCCACCUCCAGGAUAUUCUCGAGAUGCGGCACCCUACGGAGGAGGGUGGGGCAGCCGUAGGGGUGGUGACGGUGGCGGGGGCGGCGGGGGCCGCUGGCCCACCCUUCGAGACGACGCGGAGUGGGACGACGCAGGUUGGUUCUCUGCGGCGGCGGUGCGGCGCGCCUUCAUCCGCAAGGUGUACUCCGUGCUGUCUCUCCAGCUGGCCCUCACCGUGGGCAUCAUCGCCCUCUUCGUGUUCGACGUGCUGGUGACCGCUUAUGUGGGCUUCAUGGUGACCUACCUGGUACUGGUGUGCUGUGGGGACGUACGCAGACGGCACCCCUGCAACCUCAUCCUCCUCUUCAUCUUCACGCUGUCGUUCGCGUACAUGCUGGGCGUGAUCUCCGCCUUCCACAGCACGUACAUCGUGUUCAUGGCGGCCGCCGUGACCGCCGUCGUGUGCCUGCUCGUCACCCUGGUGGCCACCUUCUCCAAGGUGGACAUCACGGGCUGCGGAGCGCUGCUGUGCGUGCUGGGCAUCGGCGUGCUCAUCUUCGGCGUGGUGCUGGUCCUGGUGUUCCUCAUCUGGGGCCCGAGCAGCCUGCUGCUCGCCGUCUACGCCGGCCUCGUGGGCGUCGUCUUCUCCCUGUACCUGAUGUUCGACACGCAGCUGAUCAUGGGCGGUCGCUACAUGGAGCUGUCCCCGGACGAGUACGUGUACGCAACGCUGAUGCUGUACGUCGACAUCGCCAACAUCUUCUGGGCGAUGCUCACGCUUUUCGGCUACUGCUGCGGCGAGUGA